AUGGUAAUGAUUCUGCUAGUGAUGUUAAGUGUUACUAAAGGUGCUUAUAAUUCAGAAACUGGUAUUUGGUCUAUUGGAGAUUUAGAUAGUAAUGAAGUUGUUACUCUUGUUAUUGCUACUAAAGUAACUAAAAAUAAUGGUGCUGUUGUUAAUACUGUUGUUGUUACUAGUCCUACUUCUGAUGUAGAUGAAAAUGGUACUGUUACUCCUACUGUAAAUAAAACUAAUACAACUACUCCAAUUCCUGUAGUUCCUUUAUCUAACCCUAAAGUUACUAAAGUUGCAAAUCAAACCAAAGUUAUUGAUGAUGAUACUAUAAAAUAUAUUAUCAAUAUAACCAAUGACAAUACUGUUGAUAUUGAUUUUGUUGUUAAUGAUAGUAUGGACAAAGGACUUAUUUUCAUUUCAGCAAAUACUACUGGUUAUGUUAAUACUACUAUUGGUGAUAAAGUAAUUAUAACUUGGAAUAAUUUCACAGUUAAAGCUGGAGAAACUAGAUCUAUUGAAGUUAUUGUUAGAGUUGAUGCAUCUGAUAUUGCAUUAAAUAAUACUGUGAAUGUAUAUAAUCAAGAAUAUGCUAUGAAUACUAGUCAUGCUUCUAUUGUUGUAAGUAAAUUAGCUAAUAUUACAGUUAGUAAAACUCUUAAUGAUACUUCUAUUGAGAAAGUUAAUCGUGGAGAUAUAGUUGUUUGGAAGAUUGUUGUUAGAAAUAAUGGUCCUGAUGUUGCUGAAAAUGUAACUGUUACUGAUGUAAUUGGUGAUGGUUUAACAUUUGUUACUGCUACUGGUGAUUAUACUGAGAGUGAUGGUAUUGUUACAUGGUUCUUUAAUGAUUUAACUAAAGAUGGUGAAAUUGAACUUUAUGUUACUACUCGUGUAAUUUCAAAUGAGGCUAAUAUUGUUAAUACUCUUAAUGUUAUUAGUCCUACUCCAGAUCUUGAUGAUAAUGGUACUGUUGUUCCUACUGUUACUAAAACUAUUACUAAUGGUUCCAUUACUGUUGAUGCUUUAAUUGACCCUACUGUUACUAAAACUAUUGAUACUCAAGAUAAGUAUGUUAAAGGAGAUAUUGUAAAAUACACUAUUGUUGUUACUAAUCCUAAUAAUAUUACUAUUGUUUAUCAUGUUGUUGAUACUUUACCUAAAGGUCUUGUAUUUGUUGAAGAAGGAUCUACUGAAGGUGCUAAUGUUGAUGGUCAAACUAUAAGUUGGGAUGUUGAAGUUGCUCCUAAUAGUGAUGCUUCAAUUAUUCUUAUGGCUCUUAUUGAUAUAACUAAU